AUGGCCGCCUGCGGUGGGAACACACACGAUGGAGAGGACAGCAUUUUGGAGCCCCUGUGUUUUCCAGAGGAACCUCCCGUCCGCCCACCCGGAUCAUGGUCACCGUGUGGGGAGGUGGUCGUCUGUGUGCUGUGCUCGGAUUCUGCCCCCCUGUCAGACAAAGAUCGCCUUCUCAAACACCUACUUCUGGAGCACAAGCUGGUCAUCUCCGAUGUGAAACUCAUAGCAGAUUUCCGAAGGUACAUGCAGUACUGGAAAGGGAGAUUCCUAGAACAGCCCAUUACAGAUUUCUGCAGCGUGAUAAAAACAAACUCAAAUGGCCCUGUUGAGAAACAGGAACACUACUUUCUCCUCUGUGAUGUCCUCCCAGAAGACAGAGCCCUCAGAGAGCAGCUCCAGCAGAAAAGACUGGAGGAGAUCCUGGAGCAGCAGCAGAGAGAGAGGGAUGACACCAGCUUCCGGCGAGUCUGUAUGUUCUGCAGCGAUGAGUUCACCGGAAACAGGUCAUCACUGCUCAACCACAUGGCGAGGGAGCACUCCUUCAGCGUGGGGCUGCCUGACAACAUAGUAUAUUCCACAGAGUUCCUGGACACUUUACAAAGUAAACUUGACAAGAUGACUUGUUAUAUCCGUCCUGUCAGUUUGCAGUGCCUAUACUGUGAGAAAACCUUCAGAGACAAAACAACGCUCAAAGACCACAUGAGGAAGAAAGCUCAUCGCCGAAUAAACGCCAGCAACCAUGAAUAUGACCGCUUCUACAUCAUCAACUAUCUGGAGCUGGGGAAGACCUGGGCGGAAGUUCAGUCCGAGGAUGACCGUGAGAUGGUGGAUGAUGAAGAGGAUGAUUGGUCGGACUGGCAGUCCCACCCGAUGUGCGCUGUGUGUUUAUUCUGUGAGCAGCAGUCAGAGACUAUGGACAAGAUGUACAUGCACAUGAAGGAGGCUCAUGGCUUUGAUCUGCACACAUUGAAAACCGAUCUCAAUCUCAAGUUCUACCAGCAAGUCAAACUGGUCAACUACAUCCGACGGGAGCUCCACCAGUGCCGCUGCUACGGCUGCCGAGAGAAGUUCAGCUGUAAAGAUGACGUCCUAUGUCACAUCGCGGCUUCUGGUCAUGUGAUGAAACUACCAGAGAUGUCAGCUUGGGAUCAACCUCAGUACUACUUCCCUACUUACGAGAAUGAUGCCCUCCUCUGUGCCUUGUCGGACAGUGACAGUGAAACAGACGAGACUGACCACAGAGGAGACAUCCCCGUUAUUGCGGAGGAUAUCUCCAACCUCCAGGCCUUAAAGCAGACCAGUGUUCUCAAUCAACUUCUGAAAAACAGGGGACCCUACAACUAGAAGGUUGGAACAGUUAACCACAGGAUGGAUAGAUGAUAUAGAUGGAUGGAUGAGUGGAUUUCUACAAGGACAGGGUAAUCCUCCCCUGAGUUGCAUAUUGCUUAUUCUCGACAGAUUCGUCCACCUUUGUGCAUGAGGGCUUUUUUGCAGCAGCAGCAGCAGCAGCAGACUCCAUUUUAGAUACAUUAUUUUUAACAUAAUACAAUUUUGAGUGAUUUAAAAUGUUCAGAAAAUUAUGAUGGAGGUGUUGGACAUGCUGAGAUGUUGGUAAAAUAAGAAAUUAUCUGAGACAGCCAGGUGGUAGCAUAGUCCUGGGACACAGAAAAGAGUUUGAUUAAUUUUGCUGCCCUCGUCUGCACCAACAGAAGCCUUUUUAGGAAACUGAAGCUGGCUGCAGCCUUCACUGGAUGUUAUUACUCUAGACAAAUAAUAAAGAGGACUGAAUGUAACAUUUGUGCUUAAAUUGGACAUUGUGCA